AUGAAUGUAUCUGGUGUAUUUGUCUCAGGUAAGCCUGAUGCAUCCUCUGUUGUCUAUAGAGUUGGUGAAUGCAUGCAAGAACUGAUAAAAUUGUGGAGGGAAUAUGAAUCAUCUCAAGCUGAUAAAAUUUGUGAAAGCUCUCAGAAUGGCCCUACAAUAGAAAUUCGGAUACCUGCUGAGCACGUAACUGCUACAAAUCGCCAACAAGACUUGCUUUCGACUGAGGCUCUCAGUGAUAUUGUGAUUUGUUACCUAUCCUUUAGCAUAUCCUGGUACAUGAUCAAUAAAGCAAUGGUGGACAAGAAAAAGAGGGGAAGAAGGGAAUAA